AUGGUUGGCGGAAGAGGUAGAAGAAUUGGUGCCAAUAACUCAGCUGAUGAAAUUGCCCAUGCAAUUCACCGACUGGUUAACGCUAUGCAGCCACAACAGGUUGUGCUACCACAGCCUGCACCACGACCUGUCAGCAUGGAUGAUUUCAUGAGGCACAAACUAGCCAAGUUCAAUGGCAAUGCCACUCCUGAUGACGCAGAUGCGUGGAUCAGGGAGUGCGAGAAGAUAUUUCGUGUGCUAGCUUGCUCGGAUGAACAGAAACUGUUGUAUGCUACUUUUCUCUUGGUGAGUGAUGCAAAAUACUGGUGGGCUGGAAUGCAACAACAAAUGCAGACCAGGGAGGAGGAGGUGAGCUGGGAGAAUUUCAAGAAGAGAUUUCUGGAAAAGUAUUUUCCGGAUAGUGCUAAGCAUGAGAGGGAGGCUGAGUUCUUGACCUUGCAGCAGGGCAAUAUGACUGUGCAGGCUUAUGUUAACAGAUUCGAGUAUCUGGCAAGGUUUUACAUAAUGAAUAUAACAGAGGAAUGGUGUUGUCGGAAGUUUGAGAGGGGUUUGUGA